AUGCCCCCAGCAAUAGGUGCACUAUGGAAUCAAAAACUCGAGCCUUCUGAGAGACAGAAGCUUGAACUUGACGAGGAGGAGAACCGGCUCGAGUUCGGCAUCAACCUCGCGUCCAACGUGUUGAGCACGUCGAUCGACGUCGCCACCUCGCUGACGGUCAACGGCAAGUCGCACCUGUUCAACGAGGUGACGCAGCAGCGGGUCCCGUUGCCUGUUUAUGACCAGAUGGACCUCGUCUACCUCCCCGUCUACCUCGGCCUCGACCUCGGAAGCUACACGCACGUCCUGGUCGACGAGUUGCAGGACGCGUUCCACAUCAUCUGGCUGUUUAUCCAGCAGAUGCUGCUCAAGGGUGCGAACCUGCUCAUGGUGGGCGACUUCGCGCAAAGCAUCUUCUUCUGGGCCGGCGGCAGCCAGGCCACGCACGACGAGAUGGUCGAGUACUGCACCCGCCAGGAACACGGUCGCCUGCACAUCAUGGUGGCGAACACCGUCACCGCUGUCACCGACGUCUCGGACGCGGAGCCGGCACCGGGAAGCCACUGGUUUCUCACAGCCUGGUUCGUCGACCCGGAGGACGAGGAAUGA